UUCUAAAUGACGAUCAAUUUUUGACAUUUUGUCACACAAACUAAACAGUCAUAGGGCAGUCAAAGGUAUCCGGAUCAAAUAUGGAUCCUCCGCAAUCCGAUUCUGAGCCAUCAUCACCUACGCCAAUAGACAAUCGCAACACUUGAUUCUGAGAUUCGCUUUAGACGAUCAGAAUCUUCUUAACCGAAGAUCACAACUCUAGAUAAGUUCUCUUUUUCCAUUUCAGUUUUUAAGGCGACAUAGUUUUGGAAGGUCACCGUGUUAUAGAAACAGUCCAUAAAUUGUUGCCAUCUCUGUAAAUCAUGUAGUUGCCAUCUCUGUAAAAGAAAAUAUAACUGAAACUCCCUAAACCAGUCUCAUUUUCUGAUUGGAUAUGGCGGAUGCUGCAGUGACGUUCCUUUUGGAAAACUUGGGCCAGCUGCUGAAGCACCAUGUGAGUCUCAUCGGCGGCGUUGACCGCGAGCUGGAUCUGUUGAAAAAGGAUCUCGAGUCGUUGAGUACCAUCCUCAGCAAGUACUCCAAGAUGCCGAACAAGCCGGAAGGGUUCCGAGACUUAGAGAGGCGGAUCCGAGAUGUGGUUUAUGAGGCCGAAGACACCAUUGACUCUUGCAUCGCCGCAGCAUAUAACAAGCAUAGCCUUUCCAGUGACUUCGCCGAACAAGUCAGGUCUCUGAGAGAGAGAGAGGUCAUCAACAUGGUGGAAAAGGUUCUAUACUUUGAGGCCACUACAAUGGCCAACAUCCCCCAACCAAAAUCACCUACCAAACCCAAGCUCCAGAUAAUCAGGGAAGAAUACGUGCUAGAUUUCCAAGAUCAUGAAAGUAUAAUCGUCGGAUAUCUGCGGGAAUCAAAAGAUGAAUUGUAUGUUAUCUCCAUCAUCGGUAUGCCAGGUAUGGGGAAGACAACUUUGGCAAGGAAGAUAUUCAAAUGUGCUUUUGUGAAUCAUGAAUUCCCCAAUCGCAUUUGGGUUAACGUUAUCCAGGCACUGAAUAUCAGGAAUGUGCUGCUCAACAUUCUCAAAGAAUUCACUAGCGACGACGUGUCGGGUCUAUCCGAUCCUGCACUAAUGGAGACGGUUGAGUAUUACCUCAAGGAGAGGAAAUUCUUGUUAGUCUUAGAUGAUGUGACUAUGGAUGCUUGGAAUGAUAUCAGAAAGGUUUUGUCCAAGAGCAACAACAUGAGUAAAGUGCUCAUCACUAGCUGCGAGAAGAGUGUCGGAGACAAAGCUACGAAAUCCUACGAGCUACUUCUCUUGACAGGUCCACAAAGUUGGGAACUUCUGCAGUACCAAGUCUUUGGUAAACUCGGCAAGUGUCCUGAUGAUUUGAAAGUUGUUGGGGAAUGUAUAGCCAAGAAUUGUCAUGGAUUUCCACUUUCAGUUAUGUUGAUAGCAGGAAUUCUUGUGGAACAAGAUGAUGAGAAUAUAAGUGUGCUAAAAGAAGAUUGGCUUAAGGUGUCAAAGUUCUUGAAAAAUGACAAGAAGAAGCAGGUUGCAGAUAUUAUCGAAUUAAGCUACAAUAGACUACAUGAUGAAUUGAAAGAUUGCUUGCUAUAUUUUGCGGUGUUUUCAAAACACUACGAGAUCUCAGUUUGGAAAUUGAUCCGCUUGUGGAUUGCAGAAGGAUUCAUACAAGGGAAGAGUUUGGAGGAAACUGCAGAAGAGUAUUUGAAAGAUUUAAUCAGAAGGAAUUUAGUGAUGGUCGUUAAAAGAAAUUCCAGUGGUGAGGUUAAAAUAUGCCGUGUUCAUGAUGUGGUACAUGCAUUCUGUGUUUCAAAAGUUUUACUGGAGCAGCAAAGAUUCUUCCAUGAAUUGAAAUGUGUGAAUGGAGAUUUUGUCCCUCCAGUGUCUAAGAUUGGCAAACCCCGCCGCAUUUGUUUCCAUUCUGAUCUUGAGACCUUCCUCACUAGCAAUGAAAAGAAGCACAUUGAUCGCAUCCGUUCUCUUUUAUUCUUGUACAAGACACCGGCAGAUUUCCCUACAAAGUAUUCAGCUGUUAUGGUUGAUGGACUAGAUUUGCUCAGAGUUUUGGAAUCUGAGUUCAACAGAUUGGAUCAUAUUCCUAAAGGUGUAACCAAACUAUUUCACUUGAGGUACCUUACUAUAUCUGUUGACACUUUGACAACUCUUGCCCACAUGUUCUCCGACCUGUGGAACCUUCAAACUGUUGUAGUCAACACUAAGAAUGAAUCCAUUACUAUCAAAGCAAAUAUAUGGAAGAUGAUACAACUGAGGCAUCUGAAGACCAACGUGGUCAUUACAGAAAUCACCCAAGGGGAUGGUGAUGGGUGUAGGUCUCUUCAAACCCUGAGCAGAAUAUCACCUGAAAUUUGUACCACCAAUUUCUUCAAAAAGGCCCCAAACUUGAAGAGAUUAGGUAUUGAAGGAAAGUUGGCCAGUCUAUUUCAAACAAAUUCCUUGGGAAGGCUCAAUCAACUUGAAAAGUUAAAGCUGGUGAAUACAUAUCAUUCAGAAGCCCUGCAGUCAAUGCGCUUUCCUGAGUUAAGAAGCUGGUUUCCGGCAAAACUUAAGAUGCUGACUAUUGUAGGAACACGUUUGGAUUGGAAUCAUGUGUCUAAGUUGGGGAUGAUAGAAACUCUUGAGGCCCUCAAAUUGAAAGGCAAUGCAUUCACUGGAAAUCUCUGGGAGGCUGUUAGUGGAGGCUUCCACUCUCUCCAUUUCUUGCUCAUCGAAGAUACAGAAUUAAUUAUCUGGGUGGCCUCAAAUGAUAGUUUUCCUAAACUUAGGCAUCUUGUGCUUAGAAAGUGUAAGAAACUCAAAGAAAUCCCCGAUGACGUGGUGGGAAGCCUGGAGAAGUUGGACAUAGAGGAUUUAUCAGCAUCUGGAGUUGAGUCUGCAGAAAAAAUAGAUGAUAAGAAAAUUGCAAAUCAAGGGCAAGAGGGAGCUUCCAAGUUCAAGCUCACUGUACUAAAUCAGGUAACUUUCCGUCCCAACUAAAAAUAGCAGUCUAUAUAUGUGCUCUGACCUAAUGUGUUUGGUUGGAUCCAUGUUCUCCAUGGAAUAAUGAAAUGAAGUGAAGAAGACAACUGAUGAAGGUUGUCUUUGACCUCUCAAAUAAAUGUGGGCCCGCCUUCCAUUUCUUUCGAAAAUCUUUAUUAUGACUAGCUCUGUUUUGCUUGCUUCUAAUUUUGCUGCUUAGUUGGAUUUUGUUUCAUUCAAGUUAUACAAGUUACGGUUCGAUGUUGUUCACUACACUGCAUGAUUUCAUUUAGUUAUCGAAUUUUUUUUUAUGUUA